GGCCGCCGCCGCCAUCGGACAAUAGGCCGCCCGCCGCGGCUGCCGCGGACUUCCUGCCCGGCCAGUGCGCCCCUCUGCGCGCCCCUCUCCGCGCCGGCCCCGGAGCCGCGAGCCCCCAGCGCCCGGGACGUGCCUGUGCCUGCGGCCGCCCGCACCUCUGCUGCGGCCGGUCCGGCGGCCUCCACCUACUCGGCCGAGCCGGCUGCCCCCGGCCCCGUCCCGCGGCUGCUCUCGGCGUCGGUUUCCGAGUUUGGUUGCUCACGGAGGAGAUUGGGUUUUUUUUUUUUCUAGUUCUUUUUCCUUUUACGAUUUUGAAAAAGAAAAGAACGCACAGCAGGCUGGGACGGUGAAGCGCCACCAGCUGGCCCCACGUGGACACCUCUGAGGGGAAAGGGAGUUGGAAGCGAGCUUGGUCCAGCUGGCCUCGAGGCCUCAACUUCUGCCGGACUCUGAGGCCUGGGUCAUGACUGUCACGCCGGGCCGGUGGAAGGCUUUACCUGUCCCGGGCUGGACUUGACCCUUGCCCUUCAGCAGCGGACGCUCCCCCGACCCACACACACUCCCCGGACGCCUCGCUAGGCUCCGACACCCGUCUGCGACAUGGAUAAGUACGGCGACCUGGGCCUGGAGGCCAGUAAAUUCAUUGAGGACCUGAACAUGUACGAGGCCUCCAAGGAUGGACUCUUCCGAGUGGACAAGGGGGCAGGCAACAACCCCGAGUUUGAGGAAACACGCCGGGUGUUUGCCACCAAAAUGGCCAAAAUCCACCUCCAACAGCAACAACAGCUCUUGCAGGACGACACCCUGCCCAGGGGGAGCAGAGGCCCGGUCAACGGUGGGGGCCCCCCAGGCCCAGAGGCCCGCCGGGAAGCCAGCAUGAGCAGCAAGCUGACCGUGGAUGGUGCUGCCAAGCCCCCUCUAGCUGCCUCGACAGUGGGUCCUGGUUCAGUCACCUCCAUGGCCCCCGGGCAACCCUUGUACCCACCCCAGGAGCAGAGGGCCAGGCCCUAUACCCGCAGCGCAAGCCACGGCAGCCAGGACUGUGGCUCCAAGGAGAGCCUGGCAAGCUGGGAGAUGUCUGCCUUCCGCCACGUGGGCCCCUGCGAGGAUCCUUCCUGCCUCACGCACGGAGACUAUUAUGACAACCUCUCCUUGGCAAGCCCAAAGUGGGCUGAUGAACCAGGAGUGUCCCCCAGCGUCAGGCCGGGCGCAGGGAGUGGGUGGCCUGGCACCCCAGGGACGGACGCACCACUGCCCAAACCCUCCAGGGACCAUCCCCUGUACCAGCCUCAGCUCUCCCCGAGCUCCAGCAAGUCACUGGAGACCGGCCAGGAUGGUGGUGGUGGUGGUGACCGUGGUGAUGAGAAGCUGGCUGGGCUUUGGACUACUGCCGCCUCCCAGCGGGUGAGCUCCAGCCUUUCUUCCCCAGGCCCAGAAAAUGGGGCCCACCUGGGGCCCCCUCAGCCCAGGCCCCCCUCUUUCUUAGCACCCUUGGCCCAGAGCUGCCCCAGCCAAGGAGCUCUUCCAAGAACAAACUCGGGGGUGGGGAGUGAGGCUUCAGGCACGACGCCCAAACCCAUGGUGGACCCUCAACCCUGGUUCCAAGACGGACCCAAAUCUUACCUUUCUAGUUCUGCCUCAUCAUCCUCACCAGCCAGCAUGGACAGUUUGCAGUUGGGUGCGGCCCCUGGGCUGGGUCCCAAGCCAGUCUGCACGGACGCUGGCAUUGGUCCCAAGCUCAGCCCCACCAGCCUUGUCCAUCCAGUGAUGUCCACUCCGCCUGACUUAUCUUGUAAAGAAGGUCCCCCUGGCUGGUCGUCGGAUGGCAGCCUGGGGCCUGGGCUCCCGGAGAGCCCCAGCCCCCCCAGGGUGAGGUUGCCCUGCCAGACCCUCAUCCCAGGCCCCGAGCUUGGGCCCUCAGCUGCCGAAUUGAAAUUAGAAGCCCUCACCCAACGUCUGGAGCGUGAAAUGGAUGCGCACCCGAAGGCCGAUUAUUUUGGAGCCUGUGUGAAAUGCAGCAAAGGGGUGUUUGGGGCCGGCCAGGCCUGCCAGGCCAUGGGGAAUCUCUACCACGACGCGUGCUUCACCUGUGCGGCCUGCAGCCGGAAGCUGAGAGGAAAAGCCUUUUAUUUUGUCAACGGCAAAGUGUUUUGUGAGGAAGACUUCCUGUACUCUGGGUUCCAGCAGUCUGCUGACAGGUGUUUUCUUUGUGGACAUCUGAUCAUGGACAUGAUCCUGCAGGCCCUCGGGAAGUCCUACCACCCUGGCUGCUUCCGCUGUGUCAUCUGCAACGAGUGUUUGGACGGGGUGCCCUUCACCGUGGACUCCGAGAACAAGAUCUACUGUGUCCGAGAUUACCACAAGGUGCUGGCCCCCAAGUGUGCAGCCUGUGGGCUUCCCAUCCUUCCACCUGAGGGCUCAGAUGAGACCAUCCGUGUCGUGUCCAUGGACAGAGACUACCAUGUGGAGUGCUACCACUGCGAGGACUGCGGUCUGGAGCUCAAUGAUGAAGACGGCCACCGCUGCUACCCCCUGGAGGACCACCUGUUCUGUCACUCCUGCCAUGUCAAGAGACUGGAGCAAAGCCCCUCGUCUGCAGCUCUUCACCAGCACCGCUUCUAGCUGGAGCCGCUCCCAGACCUCCCGUGGGAGAUGACAAGACAUCUGCCUGUUAGUUCCAGCGGCCCCCCGGGGUGGAGCCGGGGUUGGGGGGAGAGGGGUUAGGCAGGUAAGUUUCUGCAUAUACACCUGGGGUGCCUUUCCUUGAACCAGGGAGCUGAGCCCUACCUGUGUGGCAUGUGUAUUUUCCAAGUGCCUUUCUGCACCGCCACGCCCUGUCACAUUACUCAGGAAGACACUCCAGCUGCGUGUGGCAUGUGACGGGGGAUCGCAUCCGUGUAACCGAGGGCAGCCUCCAGCCGCUCUCAGAUGGAAAGGGUCACAGUGAGCAUGUUUCACAAUAUCCUCUGAAGAGAGAUCUCAGCUGCCGAUACAGCUGCCCUCUCCUGUCCCUUGGGAAAAUACCCACACCCAGAUGCUAUACCCCGCAACUGCAUACACGUACACAAUAUGAUUUAAGAUUGCGUCCAGACGCACGCGCGCGCGCGCGCGCGCGCGCACACACACACACACACAGCAUUAUUUAAGACUUCCUGCCUCCCCAGAGACUCAGUUCUUCUCUUGAAUGGCUGCACAUUUUCAUUGCAUUAUGGCAAGAGGGACGCUCUCGCGGGUGCUAUCUUAGGAAGAAUUUGCUUGCUAAACCAGAGCCAAGUUUUGAAAUGAGUGAGCCAGGCAGGGCUUCCUCCUGGUACACUGACCGCGUUUUGUGUGCCCCUGCAAAUCUUCACUCCCUUGAAGGCAGCUGGGAGCCCGAUGGAGAUUUGCCCUGUUCCAGCAAAGUGUGCUUUGGGUCAAGGGCUUGGUGCAGGCCCAGACCUCCUUUGCCCAGCUGUUUACACUGUUUCUCUCUGGAGCUCUCGAGAGUCCGUGACUCCGGAGUCGCUCCCACAAAGGCAAGUCUCAGAAUCCCACGUGGGGACAUCUCUGUGCCUGUUUUAGUUUCUUUAGUUAACCACAAGGUUUGGGCCAUCCUGCCCACCUGCUGAGAGCUAGCCCCCUUCUCCGCGGGGGAGAGAGUGUGUGUGUAUGUGUGUGUGUGUGUGUGUGUGUGUGUGUGUGUGUGUGUGUGAUCUCUAAGCAGCACAGGAGGGGGUGCCUCCGGAUAGAUGAGUAUGUUCACCUCGCACGGCUCUCCCUCACCCAGUUCUGGGCACAGGCAGUGACGUGUGAAGAGACCUGUAUAAGGUACACUGCUUUCGCCUGGGUUUUCUUCUUGUUUUUAAUCGUCUCCCCCCAUUCUCGGUCUUCCACACACACAAAAUACCUCACAGAUAAGAGCUUCACCAAACCACAGAUGAGGCAUUUGGCCAUUGCACUGACCUCCCAGGCCUCCGUCAGUGCGUGCGGAGUCUCUGCCUCCACGCGGGCCAGACACCAGCCGCUCAGGUCACGGGCACCUUAACUAAAGCUCGGCUGCCAGUGGGUCAGAUGGAACGUGGGUGUUACUGCCCUGAUGCAGUUAAUCAGGCAGGUCCCCCCGGGGUGAGAGGGCCACGCACCGGCAGGAGUUCAAGACCACCUGUGCACUCAGGAAGCACGGUUGGCCCUGAGUAUCACACACUCCUGAGGCCAGACGUCCGUACCCCUGGUAUUCCUAUGAAAAGAUGGUGUAAAAGAAAAAUAAAAAAGAAGGCUGGCUGGCAUUUGCCCUCUCAGUCCGUGGGGAGGGCCCGCCGGAGGGCAGGGACCAGCCUGGGAGCAUGGCACCGGCGUCUGCUGUCCGCCUCAUCACCUCACCCCCAGGGCAGCGGGGGGCCACGGAGGGCGGGCGGGGGAGCCCAAGGCACGUGGGACUCGCAGACUUGUCAGUGGGCCCGGCUCCCGACUCGAGGCCGCGUUUUGAUUCAUUGGGUAGCAGCUGCUCUAAGACACACAGAAUUGGCCCCGAGAGUUGUCUCCUGUUCUUCUUACGUUCAUUCUGUUAAGAUGGCCAGAUGUCACUUCAGCCCAGGCUGUGGGCUUUCGUCGAUUCCGUGGCACAGGCCAAGCCUCCAGAAGCCCUUGGAUGCAUGCGGCCGGGGGAGUGAACCCUGGGGCUGAACCCCUCUCUUCCCGGAGUCCCCAGCUCUGCUCUGGCAAGGCUGGCGGGGGGAGGGGGGGAGCGUCUUCACUUGGCUUUGCCAACCCAGGAACGUUUCUGGCCUUGCUGACCCACCUUUGCUGCACCUGCGAGUCCAGCAAAAGUGCAGAAAAUUGCCUGAGAGCAACUGUCAGACACGGAUUUGUUUGCAAAUUGGGCAACUAGUUUUUUUAAAAAAUCUGUGAUUAAUUUUUUAAAUGAUACGUUUUAGGUGGCCUUGAUGGAGGUGAUUCAGAUAAUCUGCAAAUACGGUGUUUUCUACUGUUGAGGAAAGAACAUUUAAGAGACUUUCCAGAAGCCCGAGAAACUGGGGCGGCGAGUUGUAGGAAUCUCGCGCCAGUUCCGUUUCUCAGGCUCUGGCGCUAAAGCCACGAGGGAGAUGGGUCACCUGCGUGGUAUCUUAGACAUUCUGUAAGCUGUUAGCCAAACAACUGUAAUGGGGUUGUAUUUAUAGGCACCUAGAAAGGAGACACAACGACCCGGUAGACCAGGAGGAAUUUGUUUAUUUUAAAAGGUAGAGCGGAUAGCCCUUCCUGAGUUCCCUAGGUAGCUCUUGGACUGUAGAUAAACAAGGAGUAUUAAGGUCUGGUGGCAGACCCCAAGGCCAGCCUCCAGCCUCCCCCCUCCCCCGCCUCAUUUGGCCCGAAGUUUUUCCCUCCCCCACAGCGAGGACCAUUCAGAAGCUGCCAGGGGGGUGUGAGGAAAGCCAGUGACCUGGUUUGGCCUGCCCUUCUCUCUCUGAUGUUCUCCCACCUGCGGCUGGGGAAAGAGUGACGUGUUCACCUCUCACCGUGGGAGGGCAUUACACCCUGUCUGGGUCAUUGCCCGUAUGUACAUGGCAACAGGACUUCCCACUUCUCCGUGGUCAGUGCUUGAGUGAGAGCCUCUUUCAGCCGAGUCCACUGAGGUGGGGCCACCAACCACGUGUGCAGGACUUGACCUCACACCAGCCUUGUUGCAAGACGCACUCAUUGCAACGCUGUCUGCCAGGAAACCCAAGUUCUUUGUAGUCUCCGCGCCAGGAAUCAGUUCUCAUUUCCAGGUUAUUUGAAGUCAGUCUUAAAAGGAAUAGAAUACAACGAGUAAAAUAUAUUAGCUAUCAUUCUGAGCCGGAACUGGAUAGAUGUGGGAAAUUUCUGUAUAGUGUGUGAAAAUUUCACCAUGCAGGGAAAUUAUUUUCCUCUGUAUCUCUUCUUUUCUUAUAAAAAUUAUUCGAAAUUGUACUGUUACUAUAAAUUCUUCCAGAUAUUGUUACUACAGAAUUACUCAGAAUUGUACUGUUGCUAUAAGAGUAUUCAAAAUAUCAUGCCAAUAAACUGCAUCAAUUUGUAGACAAUUAAAAGUGCUCUCCAA